AUUCGGAGCUGGAUUCUCUGCCGGUUACUCAUCCGACGGCCACUUUUGCUUCUUCCCAAUUCCCGGCGAGAAACACAAAACCCGCAGAGAGAGAGAGAGAGAGAGAGAGAGAGAGAGAGAGAGAGAGAACGAAGACGACGAAGAAGAAGAAGAGAGAAAGAGGGACGAAUUUUUCUUCUUCUUUACAGGGAAACAGAGCUAUGGGGAAGGAUUACUAUAACAUUCUGAAAGUGAGUCGAAGCGCUAGCGAUGAAGAUUUGAAGAGAGCUUACAAGAGAUUAGCGUUGUUUUGGCAUCCAGACAAGAACCCAGCAAACAAACAAGAAGCUGAGGCCAAGUUCAAGCAAAUUUCAGAGGCUUAUGAUGUUCUUAGCGAUCCUCAGAAGCGUCAGAUCUACGACCUUUACGGCGAAGAAACCCUCAAGUCCGGUAAGAUUCCACCGCCUACACCUCAAGCGACGUCCUCCUCCACGUAUACUCCGGUUUACCAGCAUUUUCAACGCCAGCAUCCUAAUACUUCGACAUUUAAGUUUAAACCUAGGAAUGCGGAUGAUAUUUACGCGGAAUUUUUUGGAUCGGAGGGUGGUGGAGGGAGUAAUAGCGAGGGGGGAGGGAAGGGCAGAGGGGCUAGGGAUGCGUUUUUUAGGUUUCAGAAUGGGACGGAGAAUGGGAGUGGUGCUCGGGGGAGGAAGGCUGCUGCUGUUGAGAAUACGUUGCCUUGUAGCUUGGAGGAGCUCUACAAAGGCGCUAAGAAGAAGAUGAGGAUUUCGAGGAAUGUGUAUGAUGCCUCUGGCAAGUCCCGGACAGUUGAAGAGAUAUUGACAAUUGAUAUAAAACCCGGGUGGAAGAAAGGGACAAAGAUUACUUUUCCUCAGAAGGGAAAUCAGGAGCCAGGCAUCAUUCCUGCAGAUCUUAUAUUCGUAGUGGAUGAGAAACCACAUGCUAUAUACCGGAGGGAUGGGAAUGAUCUUCUAGUGAACCAUGAAUUAACAUUGCUGGAAUCACUCACAGGUAAAACUCUUGAACUUACUUCUCUGGAUGGAAGGAAUCUUAUGAUCCAUAUAACAGAUAUUGUCAAACCUGGUGAUGAGAUGGUUCUGGCAAAUGAAGGAAUGCCAAUCUCUAAGGAACUUGGGAAGAAGGGAAAUUUGAGAAUCAAGUUUGAUGUCAAGUACCCAUCAAGGCUUACAACAGAACAGAAGUCUGAUCUGAUAAGAGUUCUUGGUGUAGUUUCGUAGCAUAACACUCGGGUAAAAGGGUUAGCCAUUCAAACACAUAGAUAGCAUAUUAUUCCCUGUAAAUAUACUCUGCAUGAUCUUGAAGAAUGUGAAAUGUUGGUAAGCUUUUCCUUUGGGUCUUUUUUGUGUGGGGGUGGGCGGUGUUCAUUUGUUUGCGAAUGAAGUUUUUGGUAAAUGGCAGGCAUAGAGGAAGCGUUAGAUCAGUAUAUACUAUUUAUGAGGCA